UUUAGAGUGACCGGAACUAUAGCGCAAUGCCCGAACCGGCCAAAUCCGCUCCAGCGCCUAAGAAGGGCUCUAAGAAGGCGGUAACAAAGACCCAGAAGAAGGGUGACAAGAAGCGGCGGCGCAGCAGGAAGGAGAGUUACUCCAUCUACGUAUACAAGGUGCUGAAGCAGGUCCAUCCGGACACCGGCAUCUCCUCUAAGGCCAUGGGUAUCAUGAAUUCUUUCGUCAACGACAUCUUCGAGCGCAUCGCCGGCGAAGCGUCGCGCUUGGCGCACUACAAUAAGCGCUCCACCAUCACCUCGAGGGAGAUCCAGACCGCCGUGAGGCUCCUGCUGCCCGGCGAGCUGGCCAAGCACGCCGUCUCCGAGGGCACGAAGGCUGUCACUAAAUACACCAGCUCCAAGUAACGCGGGCGCGGUCGGCGCAACUUAAACCCAACGGCUCUUUUCAGAGCCACCCACUUUCUCCUAUUAAGAGCUGAU